AUGUUCUUUACACUUCUAAAGAUCUGGCACCAUCAAAUCAAGGCUAGCCCUUUCUUAUGAUUCCUUAAUAAAAAUCCUUACCUUUUAAAAAAAAAAAGUUGUCUCUUACAAAUCUAUUCAUGGGAAAAGUUCAGGCUCAAGGCUGCAUGCCCGACCUGCAUGUAAAACAAAAGAGUAGUCAUUCCAGAGAAGGUAGUAACUUUGUUUUUGACAAAAGGAAAGUUACUUUUAUGGCAUUUUGGAUCCUCUCAAGGCCCUAUAAAAACGUUCCUCUACGUGACCGUUUGAAGCAUCAAAGAAGAGUUCUUACAGCCUUACCAGUGAGUUCUUGAGAACUACUCCUUUAGCUUUAGGUAAAUGGCAUUGCAAGUAAAGAAGACCCUCUUCCUGCUCAUUGCGUUACUAUUAUUUAGUUUGACAUCGGCUCAAAAUUCUGGGAUAGCAACUUACUACACCCCUCCCUACAUGCCGUCUGCUUGUUAUGGAUUUGAGGAUCAAGGGGUAAUGAUCGCAGCAGCAAGUGAAGCAAUAUGGAACAAUGGGGCAGCUUGUGGCCAACUCUACCAGGUGAAUUGCCUUAGUGGGACAAAUGCAGGCACCCCAAUGCCGUGUCAGGGGCGUGGAGUGGUGGUGGUGAAGAUUGUAGACCGUUGUCCCGCCGGGUGCAGGGGUACAAUUGACCUGUCACAAGAAGCAUUCGCCCUAAUUGCCGAUCCUAAUUCUGGAGUUAUAAACAUCUCUUACCAACAGUAAGCGCCAUUAGUGUUACAUUAAAAUUAGCUGCUGUCAGUGCACUUAAUCUACAGUUCCUUGACGCUUCAGUCUUCACUACUGCUAUAUUCGUUUUGAUAUGAACAUAUUGAUGGAAUGUGUUUGUACAGGGUUUAAAAGACGAGGUCCUGACACGUAGUGUUAAAAAGAUGGGCACAGCGAUGUGGAAUGAUAAUUUUCUACGCUUUACCUGUUGUUUCGUUUAGUGCUUUUGUAUAAUUUUGUACUAUCUAAUAGUUUAUU